CAGAGUCUCUUUUCCACCUAAAACGUUUAGUUUCACUUCAGUGAACAAUUGCAACGGCGCAACAGGGAGCGGAAGAGUCACAUUAUUUCAAACGACUAUUCGUCAAAACCACUGUUACAAAAAAGAGCAGAGAGAACAGGAACAGAGGAUAUAGGAGAGGGAACUUUUUUGUUCUCGCCCCCCCGCUCAUCCCUCUGUCCAACCUCUAGCCACGGCAUGGACUUGGACCAAAAGGGUCCAUCUCUGCGCAUCGGACGGUCGGGGCAUGGAGGGGUGAAUCAGCUGGGUGGGGUGUUUGUGAAUGGGAGACCUUUGCCUGAUGUGGUCAGGCAGAGGAUUGUGGAGUUAGCCCAUCAGGGCGUACGCCCAUGUGACAUCUCCCGCCAGCUCCGGGUCAGCCAUGGCUGCGUCAGCAAGAUACUGGGCAGGUACUAUGAGACCGGCAGCAUCAGACCAGGGGUGAUCGGAGGCUCCAAACCAAAGGUUGCUACACCCAAAGUAGUUGACAAAAUCGCUGAUUACAAACGCCAAAACCCCACCAUGUUUGCCUGGGAGAUAAGAGACAGACUGCUGGCAGAAAGAGUGUGUGACAAUGACAGCGUUCCUAGCGUCAGCUCAAUCAACAGGAUCAUUCGCACUAAAGUUCAGCAGCCACCCGGUCAAUCAGGAGUUGUCUCCACCCAUAACUUAGCCUCUACAGUAGCAGUGACUCAAGUGUCGGCAGUAACCAGUGAUGCCGCAGGCUCCUCCUAUUCCAUCAGUGGAAUUCUGGGAAUUAGCUCACCUGCUGAUGCAAGCAAGCGGAAAAGAGACGAAACUCUACAGGACUCUCCUUUGGCGAAUGGCCAUGGUCACUCGGGGCGAGACUUUCUGCGCAAGCAGAUGCGAGGAGACCUCUUCACACCGCAACAGCUCGAGGUAUUGGACCAUGUGUUUGAUCGACAGCACUUUCCAGAAAUGCACUUCACCCCUGACAACAGCAGCAUCAAGCCCGCCCAGCAAACGCCUGAUUACUCAGCUAUGGCAUCUCUGGCUGGUGGAUUGGAAGAGAUGAAGAACAGCUUGGGCAAUCAGACAGGAGCAGAGUUGGUUUCCAGCGUUGCCGGACCUCAAUCAUAUCCACUAGUGUCCGGUCGUGACCUGGCCAGCACCACGCUCCCUGGUUAUCCCCCUCAUGUUCCUCCGACUGGGCAGGGGAGUUACUCCACACCCUCCCUCACAGGAAUGGUACCCGGGGGAGAUUUCUCCACCAGCCCUUAUUCCCAUCCUCAGUAUUCUACAUACAAUGAGUCUUGGAGAUUCGCAAACCCCAGCUUACUAGUGUUCCAGCAGGAGUAUGGUUCUUUACUGGGUUCAGAGAGAGCAGCUUCAUCGGGUCUGUUCCCUGGCCAAACCCCACAACCUACAGGAUCUCCAUACUACUAUAGCCCAGCCACACGAGGGACAGGAACGGCUGGCACAGCAACUGCCACUGCCUACGAUCGCCACUGACCAGCCAGGCAGAAUAGACGAGAAAUCAAAGUGGGAGAAAUGCAAAGAGAGCACUGAUAAUGGAUUUACAUUACAUCACCCACAUUAAACUUCCUAUACAUGGAAGAGGAGUAAAGGAGCAGCAGGAAGGAACAAUGAGAAAGAAUGAAGAGGUGACAAUGUUUCCUGCCAGUUACAAUCAAUGUUCAAAUCAGUAGCUUCAGCUUACUUCUGUCUCAUUCACGUGAAUUAGUGCAAAGUUCCACCCAUACACCCUGACUUAUGUGGUCUCAGCUUGGUUUGAUUUAUCUCAUUAAAGCUUUUCUUGUCCUAUCGUCUUUGCAUCCUUAUGGAUUCUGCUUUUAUAAAGAUGAUCAGGUGAUGGGAGUUGGUACCAGACAAUCUACUACAGUGGCAGCUUGAGAUGAUCUGCAUUAUUUGAGUUCUUAUUGUUUUAUGGUGUUAAUCUGGACUGUUUGAAUGUGGCGACAUAAUCAAACCAGAGCAGUGAAUUGUUUUCUGGAGAAAAACAUUUAACAUAGCAAAUACAAAAGAGUUGGACAGAUAACUCAGGUAGGAAUAUUUGCAUUUUUACAUUUAAAGUACCCAGUAUGAAAGACACGGGACUUGAAAUUCUAGGAAAAUGAUGGUAGUGUAAGUACAGUAAGGGGAGAUUUUACCAAAAGGCCCUGAUGAGUAAGCACAAGUAUAU